UUUGAGGAAGAGAUGUCAGUUGACACUGGAAACUGCAUACUGUAAAGAUAAAUAUUUAUAAGAUUUGCCUUCUUUAUGGGGAAGGGAUAGCCUAGUUUAAAAGUCAGAUUGGGAAAGGAAUUAGAAUUUUGAACCCUGGUUAGACAACUAUUUCUGAUCAGCACUUUUGCCAUAGGAGCCAAAAUUCGAGAAUCCAUUAAUUUUAUACCAAGCGUAGUGGUGCCGGUGCAUUGUCUUUGGCCAAAAAGGAAUUAAUUGAUAAUCUCUUUUGUUAGAAUCCUUAAUCAUGAUUUAUAAUGUUUCCUUUCCUCGUAGUUACUGCCCAAGUUUCUUAAACAUUUUUCUUCAGGAUUUUGGAUCAGAAACAUAGAUUUCUCCAAUAGCUACUGCUUAUUGCGUGAAACUCUAAAAGUGACAUGCUCUGAGAGCGAUUGGGAUCUCUGGCAAUAUCUGUGGUUUAACGUUGUGGACUUUAUAGUAGACUAGACUCCACUAGACAGAGAAGUUGUUCCGGAGCACUUAUUAGAUUGGUGAUCCGAUGUAUGGUCGUCCAAACACAAGCUUCCGUAUUCCCGAAGUGUUUCUGUGUUCCAAGCGGAAAAUGUUUACAAGACACAGACACGGAAUUUUACCGUGCAUCAAUUCAAUGUAUUUACUAUUUGGCGUUUCAUCUCAGAAGGGGAGGUUUUCCAACAGUUCCUUGAAGAAGAUGGAAGUUUCCAGACCUCUGAAAUCUGAUUGUAGAUUAAAGCACCGUUCUCUGACCCCUAUUAGGAUUUUAAGGGGUCUGUUAUGCUUAGUGGUGUUUAUUUCUACAGCUUUUAUGUUUUUAGCCUAUUUUACACCUGUGGCAGCUGUGUUAAUGCGGCUUUUCAGUAUACGUGGUAGUAGGAAGGCCGUCUCAUUCCUCUUUGGACUUUGGCUAGCCCUGUGGCCUUCUUUAUUUGAAAAGAUAAACAAAACUAAAGUGGUCUUUUCUGGAGAUAGUAUUCCGAUGAAGGAACGUGUUGUACUUAUUGCAAACCACAGAACUGAGGUUGAUUGGAUGUAUUUGUGGAAUCUUGCCCUUCGAAAGGGACGUCUGGGCGACAUAAAAUACAUUCUUAAGAGCAGCUUGAUGAAGCUGCCUAUUUUCGGUUGGGGAUUUCACAUUCUGGAGUUCAUUGCAGUGGAGAGGAAGUGGGAGAUAGAUGAGCCAAUAUUGCUCAGCACGCUUUCCACAUUAAAGAACCCUCAGGAUCCUUUGUGGCUGGCAAUUUUUCCGGAAGGAACUGAUUAUACCGAAGAGAAGAGCAAAAAAAGUCAAAAUUAUGCAGCUGAAGUGGGGCUUCCUGUGCUAAAAAAUGUGCUCCUUCCAAAAACUAAAGUAUAUGAUGUAAGCAUUGCGUACAAGAAUCAAUGCCCUUCUUUCCUGGACAAUGUCUUCGGGACCGAUCCGUCAGAAGUGCACAUACAUGUUCGGCGUAUCCCUAUUGAUGGCAUUCCAGCUUCUGAAACCAAGGCUGCCUCUUGGCUAAUGAAUGCGUUCCAGAUGAAGGACCAGUUGCUUUCUGAUUUCCAUAUUAAAGGCCAAUUCCCUAGUCAACUAAACGAAAAGGAACUAUCUACGUUCAAGUGCCUGGUUACUUUUGCUGUGGUAGUUUCUUUGACUGCCGUGUUCACUUAUCUUACAUUUUUUUCUCUCAUUUGGUUCAGGGUGUAUGUGGGCCUGUCUUGUGUAUAUCUCGCUAGUGCUACAUGUUUCAAACUUAAAUUGAUGCCGCUUACAUACUAUGUUAAUGCACUCUUUUACAGCAAAAAACAAAAGAGUGGAUAAUGAUCGCUUUUAGAAUUGCAAUAGACAUGUUGGAUGAUGAUGAACCUGAUCUUGAAUUGUUCAAGACAAUUGUUUUUUGUUAAAUGCUAUUCAUAAAAUUAUAUUUAAAUGGUUAA